AUGCUUAUCCUUCCUCGAAAUCUCCUCCACCGCAAUGUAGCAUUCCCAGCGCAUCAACCCUGCACCAGCACCACGCCCUCGACCCUCCUCUCCUCCAUCCCACAUCUACCCCUACGCCUAAACCCAUUUCACCUCCUUUCUUCCCGCCCCGCAUCCUCGCACCGCUGGGUAGAGCGGCAAAGCAAAGACCGGUUCGCGCGCCAAGCCCGGGUUCAGGGCCUCAAGAGCCGCGCCGCCUUCAAACUACUGCAGAUCAAUGAGCGGUACCGACUGUUCAGGCCGGGGCAGACGGUGGUGGAUCUGGGGUAUGCGCCGGGGAGUUGGUCACAGGUGGCGAUCGAUCUCACGAAACCCAGCGGCCGCGUGCUCGGCGUUGAUCUCAUCCCCGCUCAGCCGCCUCGCGGCGUCUCGACCAUACAAGGCGAUUUUCUGUCUCCGGAUGUGCAGGAUAGCAUUCGGUCCUUCCUCAGGGAUUCGGAUCGUGGACGGAGCUUGAGGCCGCAGGUAUAUUCCGAUGUGGGAGCGGAACAUGCUGGGGAUGUGGCCAUCGAUGCAGAGAUGACGAGGGGGUAUGUCGAUCGAGAACGGGAGGGUUCGAUGUCGCUUGCUGUUGAGGCAGACGAACAGGAGGUGGAGAUGAUGGGGCAUAUUCUGGAGGAGAGGACGGUGGAUGUGGUGUUGAGUGACAUGUGCGAGCCCUGGGAACAGACAAGUGGCUUUUUCAAUCGGACGCUGAGUGACCCUUAUCAUAGGAUGAUGAAUACCAGUGGAAAUAACUUCAGAGAUCAUGCCGGGAGUAUGGAUCUAUGUCGUUCCGCUCUCCGGUUCAGCUUCGACACCCUCAAAGUCGGCGGGCACUUCGUCUGCAAAUUUUACCAAGGCGCUGAAGACAAGGCGCUGGAGAAAUCGCUGAAGGCUCUCUUCCACAAGGUGCAUCGCGAGAAGCCCGAAAGCUCGAGAAGCGAAUCAAAAGAAUCGUAUUUUGUGGGUAUCAAACGACUUGCGAAAGCUGAUAGGGCGGCGGUGUUUGAUGGAAGUUGA